AUGCCAUACACUGUUUUAAGUCCAUCUGGUGCCGUAGCCAGAGACCAUCUAUCCAAUGAGCGCACCAUGCUUGCGUAUUUGCGGACCUCGAUGAGCUUUCUGUCGCUUGGAGUCGGAGUGGUCCGGCUUGCCAAGUACGCAAUCAUCAACCCGUUAAAGCCUCUGAACCUUGAGAAGUACCCAGAAAUGCUGCGCCACGACUACUACAUAGCCACAACAUAUGCAAAGCCUCUAGGUGCUCUGAGCUUGGCGGCUGCUCUUUUGACGCUUGCCUUUGGCCUGGCUCGCUACUGCGUCAUGUUCAAUCGAAUUGUCAACUCAGAGCGAUUCCAAAGCGGCACGGUUAAGUCUCAAACUCCAAAGGUCGAGAAGACCGAGAAGCCAAAGAAGCCAAAGGGAAGAGCAUACAAGAGACUGUUGUACACCAAGAGAUUUGUCAACGUUGCCAACACCCCAGGUGGAAAGAGAAAAAUGAACCCAGGUCCAUCCUCCAGAUAA